CUGACACAAUGCUGCUCGCGCUGGCUUCGCCGUCGUUCCAGCUCCAGGCCGGCGCUGGCGCCCGCCGCGCUCCGGCGCCCGCCAUGUCGGUGCUGGCCGACAACGUCUGGUCCGCGUCGCAGCCCGCCCGCGUCGAGGGCAAGACGCUCAAGACUUGGGACAUCGGUGAUGAGGCCAUCGCGCGGGCGCAGCUCUCAAUCAAGAGCAGCGGCCGUCCUGUGCACUCGCGCGUCGAGCUGUGGCACACGCCGUCCUACAUUCCCACCAAGAUGAGCGUGUACACCGAGGACGCCAACGUGCGGCCCAUCGACUGCCUCAUCGAGACGCCCAAGCACCCGAAGACCGUGGCCGUCUUCAACGAGGGUCCGAUGGAGUUCCCGUUCGACGCGACGGUGGCGCCGACCGGCCUCGACUCCGCCUACGCCUCGCUCGCCGACGCCGAAAACCGCAACGUCCAGGGCGGCGAGAUUACGUCGUACGUAUUUGGCUCCUCUGUCGAGUCUGUGCAGAUCCUGCUCAAGCCGAUGAACGGCGAGCGCAACAUCAAGGCGAGGAUCGAGCUGACGCAGGGACCGAACCAGGUCAAGCAGUCCUACGAGAUCUACGCCUCGAGCGGCUACAAGAACCCCUUCUACGCCGUGAUCCAGACGCCGGGAGUCUCCGACUCGACCAUCCGCAUCAUCAACCAAAACACGGUCGAGUUCCCGUUCAACGCGUGGGUGCUGCCUUACGCGACCGGCUCGGGCGGACCGGCCGUUCAGUUGGGGCGGUGAGCGCCGGUCGGCUGUCCGGAGACACACGGCAUGUACACCACGCGGACGGCUCUCGCAUUACACUCACGCUCCACGCACGGCGCGCACGCCUGCGAC